AGUGAGCAGGGGGACCAACCAAUCAAUGAUGUCAUUCAUGCUUUCAGAUUCUCACUUCCAUAAAAAUGAAAAUGAAAUAAUAGCUUGAAGAUUGUCAAUACAUUUUUACAUUUCUCCAAUCAAUUGUCUCCCGAAAUGCUUCAAUACGGAUGGGCUUUAGUCUUAAUAGCCAAUCCCGUAGUCUCAUCGUCUCAAAUCCCACUUCGCGUCUCUCAAGAUUAUUCCGCAAAUUCUCAUAGCCAGGACUACAAAUUCGACCCUCUCCUUCAUCUCCCCGGUAUAAGUCCAUACUUUGAUGCAGUUGGUGUAGGAUUAAAUCAUAGAGCACCUCGUCUAUGCGAAGUUACAGCUGCGUCUUACCUUGUCAGACAUGCGGCAAUCUAUGCAAACGACGAUGAUUACGAAACCUACAUCGAACCAUUCUUAAAGAAAUUAGACAGCACAUACACAAAGACUUCGGGGAAGAAGAGGAAAGGAUGGACGGGUCCACUUGCAUUCUUUGAGAAAUGGCAAAGUCCCAUUGAUGACCCGGAGAAUCAAAUGGAACAAAUUACUCCUCAAGGAAUUAAAGACUCGAAGAAAGUUGCAAAACAUUUACUAUCAAGAUACCCCGAAUUGGUUCCCACAACGAAACGAAUCUAUGCCGACAAGAAAUCAAGAACGCAAGAUACGGCCAAGGCAUUUAGCAAAGUAUUUCCGCAAGAAGUCGAAAUUGUUGAGAUCGGAACAAAUCGAUCGUCUUUCCAUUCUCAAGUUCCCCACAAAGCCUGUGAUGCAUUCACCAAAAAGCCCGGAAACGAAGAACAACAAACUUUUCUCGCAAAAUAUGCACCACCAGUCAUCGCAAGACUCCAGCAGUACUCACCAGUCGAACUCCGGACCUACGACAUAAUGGGCUUGCAACAGAUGUGCGGGUAUGAAUCUGCCAUUACCGGGAAAGUGUCCAAAAUCUGUGAUGUGUUUACAGAUGACGAAUGGAUGGCUUAUGAAUAUGCAUGGGAUAUGAAAUAUUCACGUAUGGUCGGCCAUGGUAAUCCCCUUUCGAUCUACCUCGGAUUUCCAUGGUUGAAUACCACGGCACAAUUGUUUUCUAAAUUCCACGCACCUCAACAUUCCAACUCUUCCGAUGAUGAAAUCCCUGAUGAUGAUGGCCAAAGAUUCUUCUUGUCCUUUACUCAUCGCGAAGUUCCUCCUUUUAUCGCCACCGCCCUUGGUCUCUUCAAUUCUUCUAAUGCAUUCGCUGAAGAAUUUCCAACGGACCGUAUCAAUUGGUCUAGAUCCUGGAGAAUGUCUGAACUUAUACCAUUUUUAGGCCAUGUAGGGAUCGAAAAACUCACAUGCAAGGGUUUAAAAGGCGAUGCUAGCAAUGAAGGAGAUGUGGAAGAAUUCGUGAGGAUAAUUGCUAACACGGCACCGAGACCAAUUCCUGAAUGCCAAGGAGGGCCCGGAGCAAGUUGCAAGUUCGAUCAGUUUGUAGAGAUUAUCAAUAGAGGUUUAGAGCGAUAUGGCGAUUUUGAUGGCGUUUGUAAGAACAAAAAAGAGGUUCCUAAAAAUGGUUAUUAGAUGGUUAGAACAAGGGGCGUUGCAUAUGUAUGUAUAUAUAGUCCAGGAUAGAUUUUAGACUCUGCAGAGAGUAAUGAUGUAUAUUAGUAGUAUUGUAAAUUAUUAGAAACUAGAAGGAUGGAAUUGGCACUAAUCCAUCUGGAUCAUUGACAUCAAUGAAAGAAUUAGUAGCUGUUGCGCUGUCUCUCUUUCUAACGAACUAUGAGAUUCUACCUCAUAAUGUUAUUUCGUAC